CUCUCCACACCUCACCCACCAAGAGACCAAUCCAGCAGCACACGCCUCUCCGUCGUCGUCUCCGAUAAUUCAUCGUCGAAAUCCUGCCCUUCUAGCUUCGCUUCCUUCAGCUAACUGGUUUCGAUGGCGCUGCUGGUGCGGAGGGCACGGAGGGCGGCGACCAAGGCCGCGGUGUCCCUCGCCGGCAGAACCGGCAGCGUGGAGCUUGCCAUCCCGGCGCACUUCCGGUGCCCGAUCUCGCUGGACCUCAUGCGGGACCCCGUCACGGCGCCGGCGGGAAUCACGUACGACCGCGAGAGCAUCGAGGCGUGGCUGGACACGGGCCGCGCCACCUGCCCCGUCACCCACGCGCCGCUCCGCCACGAGGACCUCGUCCCCAACCACGCCAUCCGUCGCGUCAUCCAGGACUGGUGCGUCGCCAACCGCUCCCGCGGCGUCGAGCGCAUCCCCACGCCCAAGAUCCCCGUCACGCCCGUCCAGGCCUCCGAGCUCCUCUUCGACCUCGCCGGGUCCGCGCGCCGCCGCGACGCCGCUGCGCGGUGCGUCGAGGUGGUCACCAAGAUAAAGGUCCUCGCCAGGGACAGCGAGCGAAACAGGAGCUGCUUCGCGUCCAUCGGCACGGGCCGCGUGCUCGCCGCCGCGUUCGAGUCGCUCGCUGCUGCUGCUGCUGACGCCGCCGCACCGGCGGGGCGCGUCCUUGAGGACAUCCUGGCGGCAUUGGUCUGCAUGAUGCCGUUGGACGAGGAGUCCGCCAGGACGUUGGCCUUGCCGACCUCGCUGGGGUCUCUGGUCGCCAUUGCUGAGAACGGCAGCUUGGCAGGAAGGCUGAACGCCGUGCUGGCGAUCAAGGAGGUCGUCUCAUGCGACGGGGCGGCCACUGAUCUGAGCGGGAAGGCCGACGAGAUCGUAGACGCGCUGGCAAAGAUCAUCAAGUCUCCAAUCUGUCCUCAGGCAACCAAGGCCGGCAUGGUCGCCACCUAUCACCUGGCGCUAUACGACGAGCGUGUCGCGGCGCGCCUUGCCGCUGCCGGGCUCGUCCCCGUGCUCGUUGAGGUCCUUGUAGACGCCGACAAGAGCAUGUCCGAGAAGGCACUGGCCGUGCUCGACGCGGUGCUCGCCUCGGAGGAAGGCCGCGCGAGCGCGCGGGCGCACGCGCUCGCCGUGCCCAUGCUCAUCAAGAAGAUGUUCCGCGUGUCCGACCUGGCUACCCAGCUUGCCGUGUCGGCGAUGUGGCGGCUCGGAAAGGCGCACAGCGACGGCGAGGAUGACGGUGCGGUGACGCGGUGUCUUGUCGAGGCGCUGGGGGUUGGGGCGUUCCAGAAGCUUCUCCUGCUCUUGCAGGUCGGCUGCAGGGACGCAACCAAGGAGAAGGCCACCGAGCUGCUCAAGUUGCUCAACAAGUACAAGAGCGUAGGCGAAUGCGUCGACGCUGUGGAUUUCAGAGGGCUGAAUAAGCUGUCAUCUUAAAUCAAUGGGGGCUGCGAUGUAAAAAAUGUGUAUUUUGUAAAACAGAGAGACGAUUUAACUUGUAAGUAGAUGCAGAUAGGCUAGUUGCAAUUUUGUUGGGCGUGCUUGCAUGCUAUUUCAGCAGCUUAGUUUCAAACGGAAACUUAGAUCCGAAUUCCGUUUUAUGAAGAACUUCAGUGUAAA